GCAGGUUUGCUGAUUUCUGGAGUGCUAUGAACGCUCACAUUGAAAGUGUAUCGAUCGAACCGGUCCCAGCAAAAUGCAUUCCAUCUAAUUUCCCUCCCUUGUCCAGGACUCUGCCUAGGAUAGCUUCUCCGUUGAUGUAUUUCCCUCUCCGUUUGCCCUCUCUACCUAGGCAAGAGGUAGGGGAGUCAGCUUCAGGAGGCAAGAAGCCAGUUCACGGUUCAGGGUGGGUGGGUGCGAUUGAGAGCGAUGUGGAGCCAAGUCCCCCGAGAAGGAGGUCUCCUUCACCUGCGCUCAGUGUAUACUCAUUGGUCAGGAGACAAGCACUGAGAUUUUCUACGCAUCCUGCCACGGAUUUUCGCCCCUUCCUUCCCUGUUACAUGAUCCUGUUGCUUUCCUUGAUUUAUUAAGUGGCUGGCCUGGGAAGUUAGGGUCAGUAGAGAGAAGCCUUCUUACUUCCCAGGUGCUGGCUGAAACAAGGUUACACUAGAGAAAUGAAUUAAAAGUUAGCGUUUCUCUAUCCCUUCCCCCGCCCGCGCUCCCGCCUCAGCUCUCCUCUCCUGUAUCUCAGUCCACUUUCUUUCCUUGCCUCUUCCUACUCUUCUCCGUCUCCAGUUUUCUUCCCCCUCCCGUUCUGUGAGUUUCCCCUUCUCUUUGCCUCUCGGGCAGCCGCCAGCGGUGUCCGAGUUGGGAACGAGCCAUUGGCUGCUGAUUGCACAGAUCAGUGCAGAGAGCGGACACACACACACGCACAUGCACACACACACAUGUACACACGCACACACGCACUCACAUACACAUACACAACUUGGAGUGGCUGAGCCUGGGCUCUGCAAAUGCCUCUCGGAAGAGCAGCUUCAGGGAGAAAGAACAGAAAGCAGUGCCCACGCCGCCGUGUUUCUCCUGCCCCCCCGCCCCCCAGCAGCUAAUCUCCCCACCCCUGCCCGCCUCUCCAAGAGCCGGGGCACAAGGGGAUGGUAAGAAUAGCUCCGGAAAGCCGCGGACGCCCCCCGCCCUGAGGACCAUCGGGUGCCCGCGUCCCGCCUCGCCUUCUAGGCUUUUCCCGCAGCGCACCGGAGCCCUCGCCUUCCAUGACCGCUCGUGCCCGGUUUCUUGCCAGCAGCUCUCCGAGACAGCCUGCGAGCAAGCGCUGACUUGAGCACUCUCUUCACCCUGCUACGGCUAACUAAAGGGGGCCCCGCUCUCCUCUUCCCUUGUGUCGGGGUCUAUCCCAGCUUCCCGGCUCCGGCGCGCGAGCCCGCAGCCCGCCUCGCUGCCCUUGCCCUCCAAAGCAGGCGUCUCCCGGACCGCCCUAAGUGCCACUGAGGAACAGCCAAACGCUCCCGGGAGGGCAGCGCAGCGGGAGGAGGAUGGCCGGACUCCGUUGCCUACUCUACCUGUGGUUCAGCUGGAGCUACGCUAGCGCGGGGCGCUGGGAGCGCUUUCAGCAACCCCCCCAGGGGUCCCACGAGGCGGUCCCGGUACAGCUGGCCCGAGGCACCGGCAGGAGCCCCACACUAGAAAGAGAGCCUAGGGAUCAGGUGGCCGAGCAUAUGCUGCGCCUCUAUGACAAAUACAGCGGAGGUGGUCCUCCUCUGUCUGGGGCGCCCCGCAAGCCCAGACCCCCUCGCCACGUAUCCCUCCCGGAGGGUAACACGGUUCGCAGCUUCCGAGCUCGGGAAGCAGGGACCCUGGAAAACAAAGAACUACAUAUUUUUAACCUGACUUCCCUAACCAAGUCUGAAAGUAUUUUGUCUGCAACCUUGCAUUUCUCCACUGGAGAACUAAUAAACAUUAGUUUGAGCUGCAUAUCUCCCAGAGGUUGUUCUCAUCAUGGAUACAGGAAACAAAUACAGAUUGCCCUGUCUGCCUGGAGCCUUACACCAGAUGGGAACCAAAGUCGAUUCCUGGGUCAUAUUUUGGUAAAUGUAUCUAAGCUUCACAGAGAUGUAUUGGCCUGGCAAUCCAAAGAUGUCACUGAAAUCCUGACCAAAGCAAAAGAAAAUGGUGAGUUUUUCAUAGGUAUCAAGAUCACUUUUGAGGGACACUCCCUUUCAAAGGGAAUGCCAACCAAUUCUGAGCCUUAUAUCUUAGUUUAUGCCAAUGAUUCAUCCAUUUCUGAAUCAGAAAGUGUGGUAUCAAGUCUCCAGGGACAUUGGAACUUUCCCACUGGAGCCCUAGCCAAGCUGAACAGCCACAUGAGGACUGCUCUGUCCAGGAAACGGAGGAAGAAGCGCUCCAUCAGCAGCCCCCUGCUUCCCCUCCAGAACAAUGAGCUUCCAGGCACAGAAUACCAGUAUAAGGAGAAUGAAGGCUGGGAGAAGAGGAAGCCUUAUAAGACUCUCCAGAUACAGCCAGCUGAGAAGAAUAAAAGCAAAAAGAAGCAGAGAAAGGGCCCACACCAGAAAAGUGAGACACUGCAAUUUGAUGAGCAGACCUUGAAGAAGGCAAGGAGGAAACAAUGGAUUGAACCCCGGAACUGUGCCAGGCGAUAUCUCAAAGUGGAUUUUGCAGAUAUUGGUUGGAGUGAGUGGAUUAUCUCCCCAAAGUCCUUUGAUGCAUAUUAUUGUUCAGGAGCAUGUCAGUUUCCCAUGCCAAAGUCUCUGAAGCCUUCCAAUCAUGCUACCAUCCAGAGUAUAGUGAGAGCUGUGGGUGUCAUCCCAGGGAUCCCCGAGCCCUGCUGUGUGCCAGAAAAAAUGUCUUCUCUCAGUAUCUUAUUUUUUGAUGAAAAUAAGAACGUGGUACUAAAAGUGUAUCCUAACAUGACAGUGGAGUCUUGUGCUUGUAGAUAACCUUUUCUAGGGAUUUUUUGAAUGCUUAACUCAGUUAAUUAUGGACUUUUUUUUGCACUGCCAAUGCAUUUCAUUCCAAAAGAAUUUUGUAAAGAAAAAUAGAGGGGAGAGAGA